GGAGAGACUUGACUGAUUCGAAACAAAUGAUUCCUAAAUGAUUCAAAGCUUCACGAAUCAGUGUUCCGAACGCGUCCAUCAUUACCUGAAACUUAAAAACGGCUUGUUCAACGUUAUUCAACGUUAUCUGUAAUGGAUGUCCCAGGUUCUGAUAGCGACUGGAGGAGCACAGCCUUCAGACAGAAAGUAGUGGCUCAAAUAGAGGAAGCCAUGAGAAAAGCAGGAACUGCUCAUAAUAAGUCCAGUUCUGACAUGGAAAAUCAUGUAUAUCUCAAGGCAAAGACCAGAGAGGAGUAUUUGUCUUUGGUUGCGAGGCUGAUAAUUCAUUUCAGAGAUGUUCAUAAAAAGGCACAAGGGGGUCCUGAUCCCAUGAAUGCCCUCCAGAAUUUGACAGGAGUGAGUGGAGGUGGACCAGGUGUCAUUGGCAUUGGACCACGUCCAACUGGUAUGGGGCCCAUGGGGCAAAUGCAGAUGGGUCAGCAUGCCAUGCAGGGAGUAGCAGGCGGCCAGCAGUCUGCAGGGUCUGCUGGACCGAUGCAGAUGAUGCAGCAGUCCAUUCAGUUUCAGCAGUUUCAGCCACAGCAGCAAGCAACCAUGCAGCCUUCGCAGCAAGCAGCUAUGCAGCAGAAUACUAUGCAGCAGAAUAUGCAGCAGUUACAUCAAAUGAAGCAACUCCAGCAACUCCAACAGCAACAGCAACAGCAGCACCAUCAGAAUCAACAACUGCAACAUCCUAAUCAGCAACAGCAGCAGGCUCAGACUCAGCAGCAACAGAACCAGUUGCACCAAAGCAGAAUCCAACAGCAGCAGUUAGUACAAUUGCAGCAGCAACUGCAGCAACAGCAACAACAACAGCAACAACAACAACAACAACAACAGGCUCAGGCCCAAGCGCAGGCCCAAGCACAGGCUCAAGCCCAAGCACAGGCCCAAGCACAGGCCCAGGCUCAAGCUCAGGCCCAGCAUUUGCAACAACAACAACAACAACAGCAGCAGCAGCAGCUUCAAGCCCAAGUUCAGGCUCAAGCACAAGGUCAAGCCCAAGCACAGGCCCAAGCACUGGCCCAAGCUCAAGCAGGUCAGAUGCCGCCUCACUCGCAGCAGCAGGUUUUGGUGCAGCAGUCUUUAGGACAAAUGCCCCAAGGACAGCAUCAAUCAAUCAACUCGCUGCAGCAGCAACAACAGUUAAAGAUCCAACAAGCGCUCCAGGCAAGAGGUUUGCAGCAGCAGCACCAUCAACAACAUCAACAGCAACUGCAACAGCAACUGCAGCAGCAACAGCAGCAGCAACAACAACAACAACAGCAGCAGCAGCAGCAGAUCCAGCAGGCGGCCCAGCUCUCCGCUGUUCCCGGUCAGAUGAUGCCCCGUCCUGGGAUGCAAAUUCCACCCCGGUUGCCCCGCGCCACCCCGAACCCUGCCGCUCCUCAAAACCCCGUUGCCAUGGGAGGACAGCAAAUGCCACAGGGUCAGCAAAUGAUGUCCUCACCAUCACCAGUUCAGGUGCAGACGCCCCAGUCUAUGCCGCCUCCUCCCCAGCCUCAGCCGUCCCCCCAGCCUCCCUCCUCUCAACCGAACUCUGUCAGCUCUGGUCCAACACCUUCCCCUGGAGGAUUCCAACCCAGUCCCUCUCCUCAACCAUCCCAGAGUCCAGCUUCUGCUCGCACCCCACAGAGUUACCCCCUCCAGGUACCUUCACCUGGACCACUCAACACCCCAGGCAAUCCAGGCUCAGUAAUGAGUCCAGCAGGAACCUCUCAAUCUGAAGAUCAACUAUACAUGGACAAACUAAAGCAGUUGUCAAAAUAUAUUGAGCCACUGCGCAGAAUGAUCAACAAAAUAGACAAAAAUGAAGAUAGGAAAAAGGAUCUGAGCAAAAUGAAAAGUUUACUUAAUAUCCUGACUGAUCCCAACACACGGUGUCCUCUUAAGACCCUACAAAAGUGUGAAAUCGCUUUAGAAAAGCUGAAGAAUGAUAUGGCUGUGCCGACUCCGCCCCCUCCAUCAGUGCCCUGUACUAAAAAGCAGUACCUGUGCCAGCCUCUUCUGGAUGCCGUCAUGGCCAAUAUUCGAUCCCCCGUUUUCAACCAUUCACUUUACCGCACAUUUGCUCCUGCUAUGACGGCAAUUCAUGGACCGCCGAUCACAGGCCCUUCAAUUCCAUCCCGUAAACGGAAACUUGAGGAUGACGACCGGCAGACGAUCCCUAACAUACUUCAAGGGGAGGUGGCUCGGCUCAAUUCGAAAUUCCUGGUCAAUCUGGAUCCAUCCUACUGUAGUAACAAUGGAACAGUGCAUCUAAUUUGCAAACUAGAUGAUAAAAAUCUUCCCAGUGUUCCUCCUCUUCAAUUGAGCAUUCCAGCAGAUUACCCCGAUCAGAGCCCACACUGGGAAGAUGAUGGUCAGCAGUAUGAUGCCAACCCUUUCCUGCAGACUGUACAUAAGAACAUGACAUCCAAACUCCUUCAGCUUCCUGACAAGCACUCGGUGACGGCGCUGCUGAACACAUGGGCCCAAAGCGUGAGACAGGCUUGCCUCUCGGCCGCUUAAGAGGUCCCCGACAGCAAACCAUUAAAAUCUUUGCACCUCCAUAGCACAAUGGCAAUAUAUGUAUGACGACUUGCUUUGCGUUUCUUUGUCUUUUUUAUUUACGUCCACAUCUUGUGUAUUACACAAAAGCCUUAACAGUUCGUGUAUUGCUUGAUGAAUAAAAUACACUCUGUACAAUA